AUGGUCUUUCGAUGCUCUUUCUGCUCCGCAUCUUUCGACGCCAAGAAUGCUUAUAACACACAUACUAGGAAAUGCACGCCGACUAUCACUUUCAAAUUGUCCGGAGAGGAAAUCACCAUAAAUCGAAAUGCUCGUGGAGUAUUCUUAUGCUACUGUUCUGAUCCCAACUGCCCCCGUCCGACCGGUUAUUCUACUCUCGACAGUCUCAAAGCCCAUCAGAAGAAGAUUCCAAAUUGCCAUUGGGUUCCAGAGAAGCUCAGGGCCGCAAACGACGCAAGUCUUGCUAUUAUGGUUUCUCAGGAGCCUGAGCUCGAAGACCUCAACGCGGCUGCUUCUCUCGAUAGCAGGCCUGCUGAUGCCAUAAUGUGUUCUCCUACAUUGAAAGAAUGCGAUCCUAUCCUAAGGAUGGUGGCCGUGCCCGCCGCAAAUGCUGGCAUUGAUACACUGUCUACCACCGAGGACGGGGAAAAUAUUGACGCUCGAAUGCGUUCGCCUUCACCUAUUAACUCUACGAUGUCGAUGUCCAUAACUGAUGCAAGGCAAAAUCUACUUGAUUCCCUGUCUAUCCUGCCCAGGCCCCGCUCGCCAGAUGCAUCUGUGCCGCCGCACCAGGGUCCAAGUUUUAUCCGUGAUUCAUACCUCGAUACUCUUAACCUGGCGGUGAAUGCAGAAUUCAAAUUCCUUUGCUGCGAACUCUGCGAAACGGCCGUACUAGCCAAGCAUGCGGCAAGUCAUGUAAAGAAACAUCAGGGCUUGAAAUUUGACUCAACCAAAUUUCGCAAAGCUAUAUCGGAAGCUGGGGUCCUACCAGACUUACCUAUAGUAUCAUCUGUUAGAUCGCCCGUACAGGGACUAUCCAUCCAGGAGGCCUUUGCGUGCAACCACUGUAGCAAGGUUCUGUUGUCAGCAAAGAAAAUCGGGGAGCACCAUGCUGGUCAACAUAAAGACGCACCCGCUGCUAACGCAUGGAGACCUUGCAAAGCGCAGCGUUUCCAAAAAGGAGGCGGACAGACUGGACACCAAUUGUUAUGGGAGGUCUCCGGUGACUCUGAGGCAGGUGCCACGACUACAGACCAGGUUAUUCUCGAUAUCCUGAACAAGAUAGGGGAGGAGUUAGUUGUUCCGACCGUGCCCCAGGAUGACCGCAUGGUCAGCCCCUGGUUGCUCACCACCCGGUGGCAUGAGCAUUCGUGCGGUCACCUGACUGAGCGUCUGCGCGAUAUGGUGGCAAUACCUAAGGACGAUGACGACGAAGACCUGCUGAAGCUUAAAGAGGCGGUGGGUGUAUACUUUCAGGAUGCUCUAGAUCUGUUACCCACAACAGACGAAAUCACUCUGCAAAGGCUCAACUCACCCGAUCCUAUAAAGCUCGGGAUAUCCAAUACGCCGUUUCAUAAGCAUCAGGAAAAGGAGACUAUGCGACGAUAUAUCCUACCUAUAGUGGCCUUGCUUGCAAUGCUUAUACGCAGCGAUGAGUCCAGCGAUUAUCAUAUUCCAAUGCCUCCCGAUUUACAGCGCCUCGUUAUCGCCUUGGACAGCAGCGUAGCCAGAAAUUCCCCAUGCCAGUUAUGCGACAUAUCUCUUAUCGUCCACCAAAUCUUGAUGUACAUCUGGACCACGAAAUGGAAGCGGACGGCCGAAAAUCUCAUACCAGAUCCCACAGAACGCUGUCUGGCGCUUCUGACGCUGCAGAAAGAUGGGUCGUUUAAAGAGCCCAAGGACGUCACCGGGAUUAUAGCCAAGGACGAGUACUGUAUCCGACUGGCCUUUCUCACUGAAAUCAGAAACAGAGUGGCGUUAGGAGAGGCAGAAGAUGAAUCUGCUGCUUUUGAUCAACUAGAGCCACAUCUGACGGAACAUAAUCACUACACCUUCUCUCGUCUUCGUUCCUUGCAGCAUCGCGCCUCAUCUCUUGCAUAUAGCGCUGCAGGCCUUCCUAGUAUCUGGUGGACUGAUGCAACCACCUGGCGCACCAUGCUUUACAAAGGCAAUCGCAUUGACCUAGAUGAUGUGCGCAAGAUGUUGGCCGACACAGAGGCCAAACUAGUGGAUUUGUGGGAAAACUCCGUGUUAAAGGGCUUGCAUAUUAGGAUCGACUACCGCGCCAUCGCUGAUGACUUGACCAACAAAGACGUUGGAUACUCCUUCCUGUCUGACCCACGGAACCCGUGCUUUGCUAGAAGAGACCGGCUACUGGACGCAUUCUUUCACAAUAAAGAUAUAUUUGGCCACUUUGGAGUAGUACGCGAGGGCAAAAUGAUAUGGAAUAAAGGAAACCUCAGGAGAUGGCUGCAAGAUUACGCCGAUUUCCACAGCCUUCUGCUACUUCGAUGUGAGAUGCUGAGUGGAGCUCCUGGACGAGGAACGGAACUGACGGCCAUGACGUAUCGCAAUACCAGUACCCGACCAACGCGUAAUCUCGUCAUUCUAGGCAAACAUGUGGCGAUGCUUUGUCUUUAUUCAAAGACGGGUGCCCUCACUGGAAAGGACAAGUUGAUACCACACAGCUUAGACGCGGUCACCGGCGACAUUCUCGUUCAGGAUCUCGCUCUUGCCAGACCUUUUGCAGAAUUUGCUGCUUCCGUCUGCUUUCUCGACACGACCCGGGUCAAGGAGCUAUAUCGCCAGCAAAUGUUUAUCAAAUUUGAUAGACUGUUCAACUCCAGCGACCUAUCCUCCGCUAUGACACGUCACAGCCUUCCAGCCCUCAAUUACGGUUUAACGAUCAAUUCGUGGAGGCACAUACAGACUGCUUGGAAGCGGAAGUUUAGGUGUUCAGCUGAAGAUCUUCUCGAAGAAGAUACGGAAGACACUGUAGACGCUCUGCAAGCCGGACAUUCACGCGCAACAGAGAAUCGCUUGUAUGGACUCAGCGUGGAGACUCUAGCAGGCCCAGCUGAAGACGUGCUACCGUUGUUCUUGAAUGCCAGUACCACGUGGCAGAUCAGAUGCAAGACCGUUCCAGGAGGAGCCUUGCUUCCGUAUGCUGAAGCUCGAUCCAACCAUAACCACAGUCCCCCUGCGCUGACGCAGGAUGCCAGCCGGAGCAAAGGAGCACCGUCAAACACCUCACUAGCGCCAAAUGCGGAUGAUGUCGCGCACAGAGUAAUCGAGCUGCUAAUGCCAGUUCUCACCAGUACGAUACAGGCGACUAUCUUCAAUGCCGUGGCUAGUCUUCCUAAAGUCACACCGCCGCCGGUCUCCGGGGGUAUGCAUAACAGCGUCCCAGUCCAUCAACAUCAGUUCCAGGACGAGUCAGAAGAGGACUAUGCCUCAGAGGCUGAAAGUUGCGUCGAUGAAGUCCCGAACAUGGAGAAGAAUCCCAGAGAACCAGAGUCACUGACUAUUUCAUCAAAUGUCCAACCGCCGCCAUUACGUACGCCCAACAUCGACAUAGUAGAUCAUGCUCUGACAGCCAUGAGAACAAUAUUGCAUGAUCAAUCAGUCGCCUGGGCUUCUGAGCAACAACGCCAGGCAAUGGCUGCAGUGCUGGCCCAGCAGAUUGAUGUGAUAGCCGUUCUUCGUACUGGUGGAGGUAAAUCUAUGCUAGCCGUCAUUCCAAGUAUACUGGAGAAAGACAGAGGCGCUACAGUCCUAGUCCUGCCUCUAAACUCUUUGAUGAUGGACUUUCAGCGACGGCUCAAAGGCAUGAGGGUGCCAUUCCAGAUCUAUGGUGCCAACCAAGGCGGUCUCAAUCCGAGAGAAAAUCUCAUUCUGGUUACAGCCGACCAGGCUCGUACAAAAGGCUGGAGAGAAUCCAUAGCAGUUCUCAACCAGCGCAAGCGCAUAGCCCGGCUUGUGAUUGAUGAAGCUCAUCUUCCUCUUAUCGCCAAUGACUAUCGGGAGGCCCUACGACACAUCUAUGAACUUCGCAGCCUAGCUGUACAGAUGGUUCUUCUCACCGCCACCCUGCCACCCGCUUCUGUUUCUGAUCUCAAGUCAUCUUUUGGUUUGGGAGAGGACGCCUUGGUGGUCAGACAGUGUACCAAUCGUGAGGAGCUGACCUACUUCCUUGAAAAGGUACCGCCCACAGAUCUCAUAUCCAGAGCUGUUGCGUAUCUUGGAACAGGGAGAGGGCUACUUGGGAGAACCGUGAUAGAGCUCUGGUAUUUGUCCCUACUCUUGCCCUUGGAGAGAGAGUGGCGGAAGAAGUGGACUGUUCCUUUUAUAAUGGGAAUAGGCGCAGCAUGA